AUGCUCCCAAGCAGCUGGAAGCACGCCGGGGGUCCUACGGCGAGCUUUGCGACGAGGGAAGAAAUUGCUGACCUCGAACCGCCGGAGCCGCACGCGGGUUUCCCGGGUGAGAAUUUGUCGAGGUUAGGUUUCCCUCCCUCUUCUCACUCCGACUUUGUCGCAGGCGGGACGAUUUCGAAUGUGGUGAAUGCUUUUGAACACCGUCUCGGCCGCCGCCAGGCCGCUGGAGGCACGUCAGCACCUACUAGGCGACAAAUGCGAAGAGGGUGGGGCACCCUCGCUGACGGCGUCGAAUGCGAGAAGGAGGGUGACGACGUCGAGUGCGAGAAGGAGGGUGACGGCGUCUCGAGCGUAGCGGAUGACUUCUCGAAGAGAGCAAACCGCCGGAGGCGCACACCGACACGCUGGGCGAGAUAUGCGGCCGGGGUUUUGGUCGAGCCAGACCCGCCGAAGGCACGCGAGGAUGUAUUUCAUAAAGAAUACGACGACGAUCCCGAGCCGCCGGAGGCACGCGCGUGCUCCCUCGAUGGGGAGCGCGAAGAGGGUGAGCUACCCUCCUCCUCCCCCUCCCCCUUCUCCUCUCGCACCUCCCCCCCCCAUCUACCUCCUCUCCCUGCCCCUCUCCCCCUUCCUUCGGGGUCUUCUACCCUGAUCUCACGACGCGCACCCUCUACACGCGAUUCUCAAGCCUGGGAAACCGAGGAGGCGUGCGCGAUGUGGGCUGGGAUAGGGAUGUGGGGGGAGGGAACGCAUUCCCCUUCUCGAUCUGCCUGCUUUUCGGUGCUGACGAUUUUGCAGGUCGACUCUGAACGCGAAGCCGUACGCCUCAGCCGUGCGCUGAGGCAAUGUCCUUGUCAGCGGACCUUUGUCCUCGUCGGUGGUGCGCUUGCGCGUGGAGGAGGGAAGAGGGAUGUAGGUGGGGGUGGGGAGGCUGAGCGGGAAGGAAAAGGGGGCCGGGGCGGACUUGAGACGGCAGCAGCGCUGCUCAAGAAGACCGAGGACGAAGCGCAGGUGCUCGGCGUGGUGGAGAAGCAGGGGUAG